AGCUGGAGGAGGAGGAGGAAUGGGUGCUUCUACCCAGACAAACACAAACCUUAUCCAGCCAGCCGUUUUCCAGCACACAGCAGGAGGUGGAGGAGGAUCGGGCACUCCCGCAGCCGUUACGCAGCCUCCUGUGAUUGCAAACAGCACAUCGGGUGGCAGCGGUGAUGGAGGAGGACUCUCUGGUGCCUCCGGUUUUGGACCAGCGGGCAACAACGGUGCGGUCCUCUCGCAGAACGCAUUCUCUGCGUUAAGCAGUGCACAGCCUGCUGAUGGCCAGAGAGAUGGACAGCAGAGCCUUCUUGACCGUAUAGCAAAAGACAUGGCAACGUGGGAAUCUUCUGGACAGUGGAUGUUUUCGUGUUACUCUCCUGAGAAAGGCAAGCCUAAUGUUCCAGGCUUUGGAGAGUUCUCGGCUGAGGAGGUGCGUCUGGAGUAUUAUAACUGCAGUGCAAACAACAACACUGGCUACUACAUCAACUCUGUCAAUCAGUUAGUGCAGCAGUGGAGAAAGAGGCUGCAGGAGCUGAAGGCUUUAAAUGGCUCGGGAAAAGCAGCGAUGCAGAAUGGCGGUGGAGGAGGAGGAGGAAUGGGUGCUGCCACCCAGAGAAACACCAACCUUAUCAGGCCAGCCAUGUUCCAGCACACGGCAGGAGGAGGAGGAACAGGAGGAGGAAUGGGUGCUUCUAGCCAGACAAACACCAACCUUAUCCAGCCAGCCAUGUUCCAGCACACGGCAGCAGGUGGAGGAGGAGCUGGAGGAGGAAUGGGUACCACUACCCAGAGAAACAAAAACCUUAUCAGGCCAGCCAUGUUCCAGCACACGGCAGGAGGUGGA